GCACACAAAAACGAAGAUAAGGUAGUCCUUUAUUGAAAUCCCCGGAGAAAGGAGUUGAAAUGGAGAGCUCAGGUUUGGAAGGGAAAGUGCUGGAAAUGUUUGAAGUUGGGCCCUGUGAAAAUGCUUACCAGAUGGGUUUCUUGAUAGGCCAGAGGUUCUCCAAUCUUAUAAGAAGCAGGCUGGCCAGAGACCUCAUUCUUCAAGACCAGCUACUACCUUUUGCCCAAACCCCAGAAGCACAGCCACUUCUCAAAGCACUCGCUGAUAAUAACAAAAAGAAGUUUCCAAGUUAUUGGGAUGAACUGAUAGGAACAGCUGAGGGAAGUGGAGUUCCUGUUCUUAAUAUAAUACUAAUCAACUUCAGGAAAGAGAUUGUUCCUUUUCUUCCAAAGAACAAGUUAAUUUCGAAUGCUGAAAGCCCAGAUGACUGUUCUGAUGUUCUCAUCGUUAGUGAUUCCAUGGCCAUGGUGGCACAUAAUGAGGAUGCAAAUGUUGCUCUGGUUGGCCACGCCUAUUUGAUAAAGGGAAUGCUGUCAAAGGAGCUAUCCUUCAUUGCAUACACGUAUGCAGGAGAGCUCCCAAGCUGUGCAUUUGGAUUCAACAGUCAUGGAUUGGCCUUCACACUAAAUUCAGUACCCCCAAUUGAAGAUGAGAUUGUGGCCGGUGGAAUUGGAUGCAACUUCAUCUCUAGGGAUCUCCUUGAAGCGUCAGGCAUUGACGAUGCAGUAACUAGAAUUCAUUCAUCAGAAGCUUCUGUGGGACAUAGUUACAAUCUGAUUGACAUAAGAACACGUAAAAUUCUCAAUGUUGAAACUGCAUCAAUGAACCGGAUUUCAGUUAGAGAGGUUGGAGCAACACCAUUUUUCCGUGCAAACAUGUAUCUCCAUCUUCCUGUCCAGCAGGUACAAGAUGACAACUCUAUAAGCAGGCAAAGAAGAGCACUUGUGCUACCAAAAACAUCAAAAAACGAAUUCUUGUCACUUCUUGGAGAUAUGGCUGAUGCAAAAUACCCGAUCUACAUGACAGGUCCAAUACUUUACACACUAUGUACGGCUGUAAUAGAUCUGGAUGAACAAACAUUCUCUAUUAUUGAAGGGAAUCCAAAGAAAGGAGAAGCUUCUCACGUCUUCACUAUGUCAUCAAAAGAGUUCAAGAUGCCAUAAUAAAAGCUCUUAGCUGCCUGCUUCAUUUUCCAUAAUUGGAGGAACUCAUUUCUUGAGGCCCUUAAAGUGGUUCAUAGAGGCCUAGCAUGUGGCCAUCAAUACAUCGCAUGGCUGCAACCUGAUCCCAUGCAAAUUAUAAAAGACCUUCAUAUCUUGAAUAAAGAGACUAAAAAUGAAGUUGAAGAUGUCUAUAGAGAUUUAAGGGCAUUACCUUUCCAUGAAUUUCAUAUUUGAUGGGACCAUCUAGUUCAGCUCCCAGUGUCAUCAAUUUUGUCACUGUACUGUUAAUAUCAGUCACUGUGAAUGAUAAAAGUGAAGAGUAUCCGUUCUGCACAACAUGGUCACUGUAAAACUGGAUUAGCAGCUGGCAUGUUCAACCAUAGUGGAAGCCAAAGCAUUUCUAGGAAAAUUAUUAUCUUAGAAACUUGUUUUUCCCACUGUCCCUUAGAUCAAGUAGUCAAUCAGAACUUCAAAAUUUUGUGACACCAGGCAAGAAUGCCAAAACUAUUUGGUACCUAAUUGGCAAAUCACCAGUAAUGAAAAACAAUGGCUCCCAAAAAAACAAACAGAAUAAUGAAAAACCAAAUUACCAGUGAACUUGAAUGGAAUGUAAUGAUUACAGGGUGUAGACAUUCAAAUUAGUUUGAAAGUUGACAGUGUAGUUUUUCUUUUUCUUUUUUAUUAAUUGGUAAUUACACAAA